AUGGUUGAAAGCAAAUAUGCAUUAGUAACCGGUGCAUCUUCUGGAAUUGGGUAUGAGGUGACUAAAGAGCUUUUAAGAAGGGGUUGGUAUGUGUACGCCUGUGCUAGAAGGACGCAGCAAAUGGAAGAGUUAAGGAGCGAAUUUGGAGACAGGUGUAUUCCGAGGAAGCUAGAUGUGUCAAAUCAAAAUGAUAUAAUCCAAUUACGGUUGAAGUUGGAACAAGAGCUACCAGACCAGAAAUUGCAUCUUCUAUACAAUAAUGCAGGUCAAAGUUGUACUUUACCUGCGACUGAUGUUACGGAAGAAGCGUUGGACAAUGCAUUCCGUGUUAAUGUAUAUGGUCCGAUUAACUCUUGUAGGGAGUUUGCACCACUAAUUAUUAAUGCCAAAGGUACCAUUGUUUUUACGGGUUCUUUAGCCGGCAUUUGUCCCUUUCCUUUUGGCUCAGUAUAUAGUGCUACGAAGGCUGCAAUUCAUGCAUACGCAAGAGUGUUACAUGUGGAGUUAAGCCCCUUAGGAGUACGGGUGAUUAACAUGAUUACUGGUGGAGUCGCUACAAACAUUGCUGAUAAGAGAGCAUUGCCUGAAUACAGUAUGUUCAACUUCCCAGAAGGUAUUACUGCUUAUGAAACUCGUAAAAAAAUGGCAGAUAAGAACCAGCCAAUGUCUGCUGCUGCUUACGCCAGAGAAACCGUAAAUGAUAUUGAAAGAGUUCAUACAGACCCUGUAGAUAUCUACAGAGGCACUAUGGCAACAAUGGUGAAAUGGCUAAUGUUACUUGUUCCAUAUAGCUUGCUUGAAUGGGGAUUGCGUAAAAAGUUCAAGUUGGAUCCGGCAUAUGCUGUAUUAAACAAACAGCAACGCCAACGCCAACAUGCUAUCAAAGAUGAUUAA